AUGGUACAAGCAAUACUGACGGACAAGCCUGAGUUCCCCAUGGCUAGUGUGGACAUCAUUGCAUGCAACAGUACAAUGGGCAGUCUACUACGCUUUGCACUUGGGCAUGAUAAGCCCUUCAGGAUACUUGUUGAAGUACUUGGCAAUACGGUUUUCUUUAUCAGAAGGGAAAACUCACCCACCGAAAUUAUUCCCGAUAUCCAUGGGUAUGGGCAUACUUUCCCGGAAGCAUACACUAUGUGGAGUGCAAGCGUGGGCGGAUCCGAGUCCCACCAACGUGUGAUGAAGUAUGAGUUUGCUGGUAUGCAGUGCUUGAUACGUUUUGAGGCAGAUGGGUUUUUGCCUGGCCUGGUUCUCGAUACCGAGGAAACUAAGCAAGAUCCUGUUUCCCCGAAGGAUAACAUCGUCUUAGGGGAAGCUUUGUCCAUGGAAGAACUAAGAAUUACACAUGCUCCCUCGAUGACUACAAAAACCGCACCGAAGCAGCUUGAGAUCGCAAGGCAAGGCCGACGUAUCCCACAGUGUGCAAUCUUUGACCUGAAGACUCGAUCUCACCACAAAAAGAGUCACAAUACUCUCGAGGAAGAAUUGCCCCGGUUGUGGAUUUCGCAGACUCCCAACUUCGUUCUCGCCCACCACACAGCUGGUCGGUUCAAGGAUAUCCAGGUUCAGGACGUGCGAGAUAAUGUAAAGCAGUGGGAGGAGAUCCAGCAACCAGCUUUAACCAAAUUUGCCAGCUUACUCCAAAUGAUCGUGGCAUUCGCUCGGAGCGCAGAUGAUGGAAAACUUGAGAUUGAUCGUGAAGAGGGCGAGCAGGUGUUGAAUCUGAGAAGGCAAGGUGGAGUUGUCAAAGGCGUCUUGUCCCCGGCUGUCUCAAGCAAGUGGGAUAUGUAA